AUGGGGGUUAGGGUUUGGUUGAAGAAGGCCUGGGAGGGUGGGAAGGGGUCUAGGAUGAUGGAGGCGGAGUUUGGGAUUCGCGGCCACGAGGGCGGCGUGGAGGGACUCGAUGGCCGGAAUGAGCAGAGGGGCGGAGGAGGGGACGGUGGUGAGGACCUCGUCGCCGACGGCCACGGCGGUGAUGAGGGUGUUGGGGUAGUACGCCGCCACGUUGCGGCCGAUCCAGGCGGCGGCGGUGGCGUUGGAGGAGCCGAUGGCGAGGAGCUGGUUGUUGGGCACGCUGACGGUGACCCGGAUUUUGGUCCCGGCGAGGGCUUUAAGAAUCUGAGCGUCGGUAUCAGCCUGACGUGGGUUAUCUUCUGCAGCUGGAGGAAGGCGACCAAGUCCGCCGGCGAGGGUAGAUUCGACACGUCGGUGCCGAUGUUAACCCCCACAAACGGCCCAUCUUUUCCCUGCUGCGCUUCUACUUCUGCGCCACAUUAUUCGAGGUUACUACUUGCGCGGUUAACAGGCGUUAGAAUGAGUGUUACCUGUGAGAGCUGCGGCUAUGAGGAGGAGCACAGAGAAGGCAAUAGCGAACUUGUUACGAAUCUCCAUGGCAGAAAAGCUUUAUGGCGUCUUGAAUCAUCUUCUGGUUUUCGCGCAGCUAAGAUUUGCAGCGAAAUUGUGGUUUUGACGGGCAAGAUCCAGAAUGGGCCAUUGGGGAGAGGACUGAGUUGGAGAAGAUGA